AUGGAUGUACCAGAGGGGAAUGGAAACCCUUUGGGCAAUGGACUCGGUCGAGCUAGGCAAACUCGACCGAUUGGUCAAGGAGAUGCUCCAAACCGCCACCAACAGAGACAAGGGAUUGUUCCACCACCAGUGCAGAACCACAACUUUGAGAUCAAGCUGGGAAUGAUCAACCUUGUCCAGAACAAGAUGUUCCAUGGAUUGCCAAGUGAAGACCCCAUUGACCACCUUGAUGAGUUUGAUAGGCUUUGUGAUUUGACAAAGAUCAAUGGUGUCUCUGAAGAUGCCAUCAAGCUGAGACUCUUUCCUAUGUCUCUAGCUGACAAAGCUCACCAAUGGGAGAAGAGCUUGCCCCAUGGCACAAUCACCACUUGGGAUGAAUGCAAGAAGGCCUUUCUUGCUAAGUUUUUCUCCACCGGUCGCACAGCCAAGCUUAGAGGAGAGAUAUCCAGCUUCAUCCAGCGAAACAAUGAGACAUUCGCAGAGGCUUGGGAGAGGUAUAGGGAGAUGCUAGACACAGCUAGCAAUGGGAACUUCCUCAACCAGGAUGUAGAUGAUGGCUGGCAACUUGUGGAGAACAUAGCUAACUCAAAUGGAAGCUAUGGAGAAGAGUAUGAUCGCACCAACCGGAGCUCGACCCACCACUCGAUCGAGUCAGACGAAAAGUUGAGAAAAGAUGUUAAGGCAUUGAAUGAGAAGUUGGAUAAGCUGAUCCUAGCUCAGUCCACAAUGAAGAAAGUCAACUUUGUGUCUGCUGAGGAGAUGGAACCAGUCCAAGAAGGGGAGGAUACACAAUUUGCUGAGGUGUGCUACAUGAGCAAUGGGCAAGGAGGUUACAACAAAGGAUACUAUAAUUACAAGUCCAACCCUGCCAUGUCAUACCGCAACACUGAUGUUGCUAACCCUCAGGACCAAGUAUAUCCUCAACAACAAGCAGCUCGAUCGAGUCAGCAACUACUUCAAGGGCAAGCUGAUGGGGUAGUGGACACAAGCAAGAAGCUAGCUGAAAUAAACUCUAAGAUCGAGAACCUCAACACAAGGGUUUACUCUCUGGAGAAUCAUGCUUCUUCUGUUGCUGCUGCUACAAAGCAAGGACAACUACCUGGUAAAGCUAUUCAGAACCCCAAGGAACAGUGCAAGGUCAUCUUCACUCAAGAAGGACUUGUUGAAGAAGAGGAUCAAGAAAGGGUCAUUGAAGAUUUUUGUUUACUGCUGAAUGAUGAAGAGAUUGUUGCUGCUGAGGCUCCUGGAGUCCAGAUUGAUCAACCAGAAGUGCAUGCACCUACUGUGGCCAUUCACACUUCACCAGUUGAGCUCGCACGACAAGCUCGAUCGGCAGCUCGAUCGAGUCCAACUCUAGCUCGAUCGAGUCCGACCUCUUCUGUCCGAAAGCCUGUUUUGCUUGAUCCUUACCAACCGGUUGCCGCUUCCUCGUCUCGCCUACUUAGUCAAGGUCACAAGGAAGUGAUUCACAAGUUCAGAAGAGAUCUCAGUGGGAUUGGAAUUGAGUUGCCUCCUAUGGAUAGCAUGAGUGAGGCAUUUGAUCAAAUGCAAAUGGUCAAGGAUGUUCUAGCCAACAGUGAUAAAGUUUCAGAGGUCCUACAAGAGUCUACUCAUCAGUUCAACCUGCUUACUUCACCCACCUUCCUACCAAAGGUCAAGGAUCAAGGGAAAUUCACUCUCCCUUGCACACUUGGGCAUCUUGAGAUUGACAAUGCCUUAGUGGAUUCUGGAGCAAGCAUCAAUCUGAUCUCUCUCUCCAUGGCAGAGAAGCUAGGCAUUGCUGGAGCCUUGCAGCGCCCUACUACUUCAAUCAUGUUUGGAGAUGCAACUUCUAAGUCUCCUCUUGGAGUGUUCAAGAACUAUCACUUGAAAAUUGGAGAAUGCAUCAUCCAAACUGAUCUCACUGUGAUGGAAAUGGAAGAAGAGAAGGAUUUGCCUCUGUUAUUGGGAACCCCUUUCCUUAGUACAGUUGGCGCUUCAAUAGACUUUCACAAGCAAGAAGUGAUCCUUCACAAGGUGAAUAGUUUGGUGUCAUAUCGCUUGCAGCCUAGAGGUUCAGACUUUUGUGCCACAAUUGACAGUACCAAUCUCAGUUCUAAGAGUCAUGGAGCUACAAAGGUUGUGAAGGAAAGGGUUGACAAGGAACCAAGAGUUGGGAAGGAUAAGGAUGAGAGAGGACCAAGGAUUGAGAAGCCACGUCUUGAGAGGGCUAGAGUUGAGAAACCACGAUCUGAUAGGCCAAGAGCUGAGAGACUUGUUCAAGCCCCUUGUGUGCUUGAUGAAGAGAGCCUUCAAGCUUUGUUUGAUGAGCCACUAGGAAGGGCUCUAAAAGAAGGGGAGGAUGCAGCCUCUAAGGCAAGACCAGGAGAUAAAAGAAAGGAUCCACCAGCUCAGGCCCCUUCAGUCAAGCCAUCUCAGCUCACAAUGACUUUGUUCCCCACCAAGUUUGAAAAUGGGAAGAUUGAGUACAAGAUAAGGUACAAGGGGAGAUCAAGGCCAUUCUCUAGAGCCAAGGCCUUGGUGACUUCAGAACAGUCCAGGGACCCAACCAAGCUAAAGGAGCUUCUGUCUCAAGUCCUCACUAUCACCCUUGAUGGUGGGACUAGCUCAACCAAUGCCUAA